UUUCAGGCUCGUUUCUAUGCCCCCAGCACAAUAUUUAUAGACGAGAUUGACUCUCUGUACUCCAGAAGGGGGUCAGAAUCAGAACAUGAAGCAACAAGAAGAGUGAAGUCAGAGCUUCUAGUUCAGAUGGAUGGAGUUAGUUCUAGCAGUGAAGAUCCUAGUAAGCUAGUUAUGGUUUUAGCAGCAAUGAAUUUUCCCUGGGACAUUGAUAAUGCAUUACGGAGAAGACUGGAGAAACGGAUAUAUAUUCCUCUUCCAAAUAGUGAUGGACGUGAGGCACUAUUAAGAAUUAAUCUCCGAGAUAUGAAAUUGGAUUCAGAUGUGGAUCUAAAGGAUAUUGCAAAGAACUUAGAGGGCUACUCUGGGUGUGACAUCACCAAUAUCUGCAGGGAUGCAGCACUGAUGUCAAUGAGACAUAAGAUUGCCGGUCUUCGUUCUGACGAGAUCAGACAGUUGCCGAAGGAGGCACUGGAUCUACCCAUAACGGCGCAAGACUUUAAAGAAGCUCUUGCAAAGUGCAAGAAGAGCGUAUCUAAAGAAGACAAAAAAUAUGAGGAUUGGAUGCUUGAGUUUGGAUCCACUUGAUGUUUCAUUCUCAAGUGAAUUAUCAGCUUUGCUUGCCAUACUUCUAACUGAAAGGCAAAUUUGAAACGUCGAACAUGAUUGCGAAGCAAGAUGAAGCAACCCGGUACUUACAACAUAAUUUUUUUGAAAUAUUUUCUUUUUAUCACAUAAUAUUUACUCAGCGUGACAGGAAACUGUUCCUCAUGUGAUUCAAUUUUUUUUAAUCUCACUGAUUUCUCUAAGCUUCAACAAGAUAUUGAAGUCUCUGUUCAGGAAUUUGAACAAAAUUACGUUGCAGGAAUAUGAUGGUGCAGUUUUUUAUAAAACCAGUUCACUUAGAUUGCACGAAUUGUGUAUUUUUUAUUUGAAGAGAAUUUGUUUAAAUUGGUAUCUUGAGAGGACUUAACAAUUUCACAUCUCCAGAUUAUUUCUUCCAAUUAUGGAAAAUAAAUAAAUAAAUGAAUUUGAAGUGAAACACAAUACACUACAGAAUUUGUUCACUGCAAGUUUAAUGUAUUAAUUGACAUAUGUACUUUGUCAUACCAUAACUCGUGUAGUUAAUCGGUGGCUUCUUACCAUGGAGACCCAGGUUCAAUCCCGGUGUAGUUUCUGUGAAUUUGUGAUGGACAAAAUGGAACUGGAUAAGAUUUUCUUUGAGCACUUUAUUGUCUCACUUCCAGUUAUUCCAUCAGUGCCCCAUAUUCAUCUGCUAUCAGGGGCUGCGGUGCUAAAGGAUUCAGUCUCGUGCCUCUUCUACAUCCAGUACAGAGAUUUUCAACUUCCUUCAAUGCACGGCACACUGAACAAAGCCCUAAAAUUGUCGAGGCACACCAUCAGUUUUGAAGGGGAUAUUUGUUCAUUAAAAGAGCAAGCAUUAAA